AGCAUUGCUCCACCUCUGCUCAUCAUCUGCUACCUUCUCCAACGCCUUCUUCCUCUCUCUCUGUGACCAGCAAACUAGCUGAGUGAUGGCAGAGACUGCAGUGAACAUUGUCAUUGACAAGUUGGUUCCACUGUUAAGGGAAGAAGGGAAUUUGUUGAGAGGCAUUCAUGACGACGUUACAAGUAUAAAAGAUCUCCUAGAGAGCAUGACAUCUUUCCUUAAGGAUGCAGAUGCAAAAGCAGAAAGGGCAAACAUGAGCAGUGGUGUCAAAACUUGGGUGAAGCAAACAAGGGAGAUGGCCAUUCACAUAGAAGAUGUCAUUGAUGAAUACCUACAUCACGUGGCACGCCGUCGUAACAAACGUGGAUUUACUGGUUUCCUUCAUAAAACUGGUCACUUUUUGGAAGGGCUAUUUGCGCGCCACGAGAUAGCCUCGGAGAUUCAACUUAUCAAAAAACGUGUCCUCCAAAUCCAGCAAACAAGUGAAGCAUAUUGCUUCAAUUCAACAGAGCAAACUUCAUUUAGCUCUUCAAGGAGAGAUGAUACGUUAUUUGACCCACGAAUGGCUUCCCUUUACACAGAGGAAGCUGAGCUCGUUGGUAUUCAGACUUUGAGAGAUAAACUGAUAGGUUGGUCGAUAAGAGGAGAGGUAGCAUCUGGACGCUCAGUCAGUUCAUUGGUUGGCAUGGGAGGCCUAGGAAAGACCACUCUUGCAAACAAAGUCUACAAUAACCCAAGGUUCAUAGAAUGGUUUGAUUGGCGCGCUUGGAUCACAGUGUCACAAUCAUACAAGAACGAAGGCAUACUCAGAAACAUGAUUGCAGAAUUCCAUAGGGUGAGGAAGGAGUCUGUACCAGAGGGAAUUGAAACAAUGGAUUUGAAAUUGUUGAUUGACACUCUGAGAGAAUAUCUCAAGGAAAAGAGAUAUGCAGUUGUUUUUGAUGACGUGUGGAGCACAAACUUGUGGCAGUGUGUAAAGCUUGCAUUACCCGAUAACAACAAUGGCAGUAGGAUAAUUAUCACAACUCGCAAGAGUGAGGUUGCUGCUUCUUGCAGAGAAGCUUUUUUUGAUCAAGUGUACAACCUUGAACCAUUGUCUCCAGAUAAGGCGUGGGAACUCUUCUGCAAGAAGACAUUCCAAGUUUCCGGGGGAAAUUGUCCACUAGAGUUGAAGAAAUUUGCUACUACAAUAGUUAGCAGAUGUGGAGGAUUGCCUCUUGCAAUUGUGGCUAUAAGUGGACUUCUACAAACCAAAGGUGGGGAUGUGUCUCAAUGGAGAAAAUUGCUUGAUAGUCUUAGCUCAGAGCUAGAGUCUAAUCCUCAUUUGACAGAUAUUACAAAAAUUCUUUCUUUUAGCUAUUAUGAUUUACCAUACCAUCUCAGACCUUGCUUUUUAUACUUUGGGACAUGUCCAGAAAAUCGCACCAUCAGAUGCUCUAGACUAAUUCGGCAAUGGAUCGCUGAAGGGUUUAUAAAGGAGCAGAGAGGGAAAACAUUGGAAGAUGUUGCGGAAGAAUACUUGACCGAGCUUAUCCAAAGAAGCCUAGUUCAAGUGUCAUUAGUUGAUAAUUCUAGUGGGAAACUCAAACAAUGUCAAGUCCAUGAUGUCAUGCGGGAGGCCGUGAUCCUUUUAAGGAUUGCAGAUCUUAGCUUUUCUCAAUUUUUGGAAGAAGAUUCAAGAUUCAAUGAAAAUUCCAGGCACCUGUGUGUUUAUAGCAAUGCAUACAAUAUUUUUGGUUGCAUUGAAAAAUCUCGUGCCCAUUCCUUGUGUUUUUUCAAUGGCAUAGGUGACCCACAAAAUCCUCUUACUACUUGUAGCAACUUGUACAAAAGAUUCAAGUUGUUGAGAGUACUGGACUUUGAAGAUAGUCUUCUUGACAAUCUUCCUGAGGAAGUUGGAUACAUGUACCACUUGAAGUAUUUGAGCUUGAGGAAUACAAGAGUGAAGAUUCUUCCGAAAUCCAUGGGGAAGCUUGUGAACCUUGAGACUCUAGACUUGAAGCAUUCCCUAGUGGAUCAGAUACCAAUUGAAAUCAAUAAGCUUCCUAAACUUAGAAGUCUUUUAGCAUACAAUGAGGACAUGAACAAAAAGUUUAGUAUGACUAGACGACGAGGUGUGGUGAUUCAGGAUGGGAUCGAGCGUUGGGGAAACAUGCAAAAGCUAUAUGUUGUGGAGGCAACCGAUAGUCUUGUUAAAGAAGUUGGGAAUUUGAAGCAAUUGAGAAGGUUCGGAAUUCUAAAACUGACCAGCAAACAAGGGAAAGAUCUAUGCGCUUCCAUUGGAAAGAUGCCUCAGUUGCAAUCAUUGGAAGUAACAGCAAUAAAUAAUGAUGAAAUUAUUGAUAUGCAGCAGAUCUCCAAUCCACCUCAACGUCUUCAAUCUCUCAAUUUCUUGGGGCGUCUAGAAAAGCUACCUGAUUGGAUUGCAGGACUUUGUCUUUUAACUCGAUUAGCUUUAUGUUGGUCGAGACUAGCAGGGGAUCACAAUCCCUUAAAAGUCCUACAAGGUCUGCCCAAUUUAUUGCUACUUUAUAUCUAUGAGGCGUUUAGUUGUGAGGAGCUGCACUUUGAAGAAGGAUUUCCAAAACUGAAGGACCUCAGGCUCCAAAACUUGAAAGGCUUGAAAUUGAUGACAAUACACAAUGGAGCAUUGGCCCUUCUUGAAACUUUGGAAAUUGAAUCUAGUCCACAACUGCAACAGGUGCCCUCCGGCAUCCGCCACCUCGAAAAUCUUAAAUCUCUAUUAUUGGUUGAUAUGCCUAUGCAUUUAAUGCAUGGGAUUGAUGUUCAAGAAACAGAGCAUCGUGUAGGUCCCAGAGUAUUUUUUAUUCAGAGCAUUAUAGGUACUAAUACAUUAAGAACCGUCAAAGUAAUAGAUUCAGCAAUUUUCUUGUAAUGGGGGAGACUUUUGCAAGGAAGGAAGCAGCAGGUACAGUAGCACUCAUUCAUAAGUGGAUGGAUGGAUAUAUGGCUUUUGACCAACCUUGUUAUUUUUCUUUUUUCUUUUCCAAGUUGUAAGAAGAUUAGUUUAUUUUCUCCUUUUCGUAUUAUGUAAUAAAAGGUGGCAAUAGGUCAU